AUGGCUACCGCACCGUCAAAACCGUCCUCAGUCUCGAAGAGGGCAGUUAUUGUCUCCAUAAAUGAUCUUGAAGUUCUUCGCUUUGGUCGCUUUCGUCUUGCAUACAAUGAUCAUACUAACAGAGGAUCCAUAUCCCUGACGUUCGAGGCAAACAUCGCUAAUUUGAGCGGUAGAUCACAACUGGUCUUGAGGAUUCCUCCAGAAUCAGUUCAAGAAUGCACAUUAGCCAUGCCAAGCAAUGUCAGUCUCUUCUCAAAUGAUUGGAUUAAUUUACUUCCCGCAUGGGUUCCAACUAUCAAGGACGUGAUAACACUGAGUCUAACACUUAGUACACCUGGCACUGUUCGUUGUCCGCCUGGGAUAGAGCAUCUAUAUCCAGCUGAUCCGCUAGACUUGAAUUUCGAUAUAUUCGCAAAGAUUUGUAAAUCCAGGUCUUUGAACAUCCAUUUCUCUACACGACAAUUCGAGGAAAGCGGAGUUGCCCAGCUCGAAGCUUUCUCUCUUGCCUUACAAAAAAAGUGUGUUCAGGAAGACCCUUUUGACUAUGCGCGCCAGAACGUGGUCGAGAGAGAUUGGCGUGCCUUUGGUCUCUUUCUCGAACCACCCCCCUACACCAACGGGCCUACAUCCAACCAAGGGCAGCAAUCAGGUCCACCUUUGUACUAUGAGGGAUCCAGUUCCACGACAGUGGGAAGAAAACGCUACAGAGGGUCAAUUUCCCUUAACGGAUCUGAUUCCGAUGAGAGACAAAAGAGACCGCGUUUCACAUCCCCAUCACCAUUCGGCUGUCCUACGGAAGUUAACACGCCGAGUACUCAAACACCGCGCCUUGCAUUUCCAUCGCCCGGCUCACCUACCGAAGCGAACACUCCGAGUAUACUCUCGCUUUCACCGUCCUCAAUUCGUCCAACUCAAUUUACGCAUACUUCUCCCUCCGAUCGCAUAGACCGCGAGAGUCUUGAGCGUAUUGCGCAAAGGCUCUGCGGUGUUUCUGAUAAUUUAAUCCGCGAAGUGUUGAUCCAAUCUGGACACCGACAUCUGCUGGCUUCACCGGGAGGCACAGCAAUCGACUCGCGGUCUGAGUCUAGGAAUAGUGGCUCUGCCAAGGCCAAGUGCCGUCUCCGCCACUAUAUCCGACAGUAUGUUGAUGUCAUGAUUGAUACUCGCAUUAUGCCAUAUAUCGGCAAGACCGUCAAUACUGCUGUUUCUGAGGCUACAGACCAGAUUCUUGAUUUCGGAAAAACGAAAGAAGCUGAAGUAUCUGAGGUGAUCGAUGAUGGCAUUACUGAGAUACAGAUUAAGGCUGAUGAGUGCUCACGGGAAAUAGAAGACAUAACAGAAAAAUGUACGUAUAGAAUCGAAGACCAAGGAGAACAGUGCAUGAAUGAUAUCGAAGAGAAGGGAAUCGAGGUUGAAAUGGCUGUGGACGAAAAGGUAGCGAAGUUUAAGCGCUGGUUGAGUGCUCCUGCGCAAUCCUUGAUUAAUGAGCUCCAUACUAAUUCUAGACGCAGUUCUAUCUAG